CUCUUCCCGAACACAACAAAUCCAAAACGAGGGAAUCAGAUAUGUCGACCCUAGCCCCCAAGGACGACCCCGAUCCAUCUCCCUCUUCCCCGCCUUCAGCCAUCCCAGCCCGCCUGAAAAGCAAGCAGAACCAACAACCUACCAACUCUCCCAAUACUGCUGCCUCCAACCGCCGUAGAUUAGGCGGCCUCUUCACUGAACUGGGCAUCAGCGUCUCCCCAGCUCGAGCAAGGGCUGUUUCAGAGAGCCCGGCUGGUACGCCGUCUCGAAAAACAACGAAUGCUGGCUCGGAGCUGGUAUCGAGUGUCGCCUCGUCCAUAACGUCCUUUGCUGAUCGUAUGGCUGCUCUAUCUAUGGUGGCCAGCGGCGGCAAAGCAAAGACCAUAUCAAGCCCGGUCAAAGAAGGGACAAUGGAGGGUCAACUGAGUGAUGAGGGGUGCUUUGUGGACGCCUGUUCGGUAACAAGCCUCGAGGCGGACACAAGAGAGCAUUCAGACCUCGAAGUCUUGUCAGAUGAUCUGCUAUUGGAGAUCUUCUUGCACCUCGACACCGCCGAUAAUCUACACGUCGUCUCGCAAGUAUCAAAGAGAUUUUACAACCUUUCGCGAGCACCCAUACUCUGGAUGAGGAUCUGUGACUCAGCUGGCUACCGCGAUGAUCUCAGGGCCGAGGUGGGCGAGCGAGCGCUAGGAGUCUGGGAGCCUCCCGAGGCUGGGGAGGCUUCCACGACCGAGACAGAAGACAGCUCAAUACCAAUCCACUAUCCAACAUUCUACCACACCAUGUCUUCCCUACCCCAACACAUACGGUCCCUAAAACCCACUCACCAUCCUGUCCUGACGACCAUCCCUGGGCACACCGACAGCAUCUAUGCCCUUCAAAUGCUGGGGCAGUGGCUAUUUACAGGCUCAAGAGAUAGAUCUAUUCGACUUUGGCGACUCCCUGCCCCGUCUCUUGCAAAGACGAGCCAGGGUGCAGAGCUCGCUGCUUCCGUGGAGGACGCGCAUGGUGGAAGCGUGCUAAGCCUUGUCUUUGAGUGUGACCUGCAAGGUAGGGGGCUACUCGUCACUUCUUCCUCGGACGAAACCGCCUCCAUCUGGUCGAUAUUUCUCCCUCAGCGAUCCUCUGACGGUGAGGCCACAAUCGAAAAGAUCCAAGCACUACCUCACCCUGCAGCGGUUCUCGAUGCUACAUUGACGCCAUCCCAUGUCGUGACAGCUUGUAAAGACCGGCACCUCCGGGUCUUUUCACGCACAACACUGGAGCAGGUAUGGGAGUUGAAAGAGCACCGGGGACCUAUCAACUGCGUCACGGUGCACGGCACAAAUGGCAAGCUGGAGGGAGACAAUCAUGAAGAGGUGAUCUCUGCAAGUGGGGACGGGAGCUGGAUCAUAUGGGAUGUGAAAAUAGGCAAGCAGGUUCGGCGGGGUGCUGGGGAUGGACGAGGUUUGGCCUGUGUUGCUUGGGAGAGGGACUAUAUUGUCACUGGCGAUAACGAAUGCCUCAUCAAGCUUUAUGAUGCUGCGACGUGCGAUCUCAUCAGGGUCUUUCAAGGCCACACCAACUUGGUGCGCGCUGUUGCCUUGCGUCCAAGAGAGGGACUGGUGGUCAGCGGAAGCUACGACCACAGUGUCAUGAUUUGGGACAUGCACACAGGCCUUCUGAUCAAACGACCCUCUCUGCCACACACUUCGCUGGUACUUGACAUUCACAUGAGCGCAAAUCGCCUCGCAUCGGCUGGGCAUGAUAAUUCGGUGAUGGUGCUGACUUGGGGAGGAGAUCUGCUCUAUACUGAUCUGCUGGUGUGAUCGCUACAUCAACUGUAUAUAAUCACUUGAUCAUUGCAUGUGCAUCUUGAAACGCAAGCCCACACUGCGUCUAUUACGAAACAGUACACCGGGCGCAGAAUAAUCACUACGAGCCUAGCAUUGGGCAUGGCGUUACAUGCGCUGCGUGCUGCCGUGAGUAUCGUAUUAUAGCGCGGCAAAUGCUCAGAGAUAAGAAUGCGAUGGGCGGCCAUCCUCGUGGCGUGUAAGGCUGAAACAACAAAACUUUAGAUUUGAAGCGGGCGAUCCGGUUAACGGCAUCUCGGCUUCUGAAUGAGAUUCAAUUUAUCUGGUUAUCGGCUGGCUGCUUUGCAUGAUGCGCUCGCGUCUGGCCCCGUAAUAGUAGGGCGCUGCCCAGAGCCCAGAGCAGCAGCACUCGCAGUACCGAGCAGCCGAGCUAUCUCCAAAAUUCCAUAUCUCAUCUCAGGCCAAGAGUCAUUAAGAGCAAUUGGUCUUGCUUCCUUCCCUAUCGUCUUUGCGAGUGUGGUAAAUUGCCCUACUCGUGUACCCGUGCAUGAUGCAGAGCAGUGGCAUUGCGCGCUGCAGCUGAUCCGUCGCACUACUCCAUCAUCUAGAUCAACUAGCAUCAUCAUCGAGUCGCAGCUGGGACCGGCUCUCCCCUCUCCCCUCUCCCGCUCUCUGCCCUCGCCCAGGGCGGUGCCGAACCCAGAAGCCAUGGAAGCUGGGAGAACCUGGUUGG